AUGAGUACAUUAAAUUUUGGCAAGCACAAAUCGAAGACUAUUGAGGAGGUAUACGAGUCUGACCCUGGAUACUGCCGCUGGCUAUCGAAUCAAAAAGGUCUCGUUGCACAUAGUAGUGACUUUGCCAAAUUCCUAGCCCAAAAAUUUGGCAAUGACGAUGGAUCGUAUGUGAUGUCCUUCGGUAAGUAUAAGUCGAAGACUAUUAAACAGAUCCAAGCCAUUGAUGCUAAAUACCUUGAAUGGUUGAGCAAGAAUGAAUUCGUUCAGACCAAGAUGCCUAAGCUGAAAGCAGAAGUUGAUGAACUUCUAAAGUAA